CAGGGAGAGGAGAGGUGCUCACACUGCUGCAGCCAGCGCACAAACUGACCAACUUUCUUGCCAAGAGCUGAUUUCAGACAUCCCUCUCAAUGGCCACCUACAGUUUCAGACAAUCCUCCUCCUCUGUCUCUGGUGGAGGAUUUGGUGGCUCUUCCUUCAGAGCUCCAAGUAUCCGUGAUGGUGGCCGGGGCAUCUCUGUCUCUUCUGCUAGAUUUGUCUCCUCUGGGGUUGGAGGAGGCCUAAGUGGCAUAUAUGGUGGAGGGGCAGGUAGUUGCUAUGGCGGGGGCUAUGGUGUUGGAAGUGGCUUUGGUGGCAACCUAAGUGUCAACGAUGGCCUCCUUUCUGGAAAUGAAAAGAUAACUAUGCAGAAUCUGAAUGACCGCCUGGCAAACUACCUGGACAAGGUGCAUGCCCUGGAGGAGGCCAACUCCGAGCUGGAGGUUAAAAUCCGAGAAUGGUACCAGAAGCAGGGACCAAGUCCAACACGGGACUACAGCCAUUAUUACAAGACCAUUGAAGACCUCCGAGACAAGAUCCUUGCUGCAACAAUUGACAACAAUAAGGUUGUGCUGCAGAUUGAUAAUGCCAGGCUAGCUGCUGAUGACUUCAAAACCAAGUUUGAGACUGAGCAAGCCUUGCGCAUGAGUGUUGAGGCUGACAUCAAUGGCCUGCGCAGAGUCCUGGAUGAGCUAACCUUGGGUAGAACUGAUCUGGAGUUGCAGAUUGAAAGUCUGAAGGAGGAACUGGCCUAUCUUAAGAAGAACCAUGAGGAGGAAAUGAGUGCAUUGUCUGGGCAACUGGGAGGCCAAGUGAGCGUUGAAGUUGACUCUGCCCCAGGUGUUGACCUCACCAAGAUCCUGGCUGAUAUGAGAGACCAGUAUGAAUUGCUGGCUGACAAGAACAGGAGGGACGCUGAGGCUUGGUUUACCAGCAAGACUGAAGAACUGAAUCAAGAAGUUGCUGUCAACACUGAACAACUUCACACCAGCAAGACGGAAAUCACAGAUUUGAGACGGACUCUCCAAGGCCUGGAGAUUGAACUCCAGUCUCAGCUCAGCAUGAAAGCUGCACUGGAAGCCACCUUGGCGGACACAGAAGCUCGCUAUGGUGCUCAGCUGUGCCAGAUCCAGGGUCUUAUCAGCAACAUUGAAGCACAGCUGUUUGAGGUCAGAUCGGACAUGGAACGUCAGAACAGUGACUACAAGAUCUUGAUGGACAUCAAGACCCGUCUGGAGCAGGAGAUUGAGACCUACCGCCAGCUCCUGGAAGGCCAAGACCUCCACUUCUCAGGAACUCUUUCAGGGACUAAUGUCAAAGCCGGUGAUAGGAAGUGAAGAGCACCCUCCUCUCCAAGCAGGAAGGAAUGAAACAGGAUGGGCAGCUGCUAUCACCAGCAGAUGAAAAUUAGCAUUUCAAAAUCACUUGCGGCAAACUUCAUGAGCACACAUUUUGGGUGGCUGAGGAUCAUGCAAUCGCUAGAUUCUCUUACUUAGCAGUUCCUGCUUUUAACCUUUCUGUACAGAGUUCCUUCUGCCUAAUAAAGUUCCUUUUUGGCUUCUGCA